AUGAACGAGGAAGAGAUCGAGCAACUGGCGCGAGAGAACUUCUCGAGAAGGAUACGAGCGAUCGCGAUGGAAUCUCUUUUAUUGGAAAAAACGAAGGUGGAGAAGAAGAAGACGAAGAAGGAAGGAAAGGAGGACGACGAUUGGAAGAGUUUGAGAAAAAAUGCAGAUGAUGAGGAUGAUGAUGAUGAUGACUUUAAAGAUGACGAAAAAACGAAGAAUGCGUUCAUGAACGCGAGGAAAGAGAUGGCGAGAGGGUUAGGGAUAUCCGCGAGAGCGUUUCAGAGCGCGGCGGAGAUGUUAAGUCAGGAGGACAGAGCAGUGAACGCAGCACCAUCACAAAAAGAAGAAGAGACUAAAAAUGUAGAGGAAAACGACGCCCCAGAAGACGACGACGACGAGCGGCGAAAGAGGAUGGCGAUGAUGGAGGAGAUUGCCAAACGCGUGUGCAUGGAAAACGAGAAGAAGGUGAGAGCGCGAGAAAGGCUGGCGGUGGUGGAUACCAUUUUGGAGGUUUUGAAAGACGCGGAGGGCGGGAGGUGA